ACAUCAGCAUGUUGCUAUAUUAUGGUGCCCUGACAAAAAGUAGUUUAUGCUUUAAAGGUUUAUUUGGGUCAGAUGACGCACAUACUGAAUGUACUAUUAGUAAUAUCGGACUGAGAGCGGCACCGGUUGCUACGGGCGUUGAGUGCAGUCCGGAAGACUUGUGACCACGUCCUCGCCCACUCGUUUGAGUCAUCCAGCAGAGCAUAGACGAUCUUUGCAGCCCGCCUGGCUCCAGAGUUUCUUCGAGGAAGCACAGCACGCAUACGUCUCCAUCCUCGGGUCCAGGCGUGGCUUUCAGAUGGGUGUGGUUCCUUGUACGGGGAAGUUUUCGUUCUACAGCGGUGAGUACACAUGGUUGAUGUUCUGUGAGGCAGGACAGCUCUAUGAUCAAGGACAAUGGGUCUCGUGCAGCUGCUGAAGUCCCAGUUCUUGUCCCACCUGAUCAUCUGCUAUGUGUUCCUGGUCAGCGGCAUCAUUGUCAACCUGUUGCAGAUCUGUACGUUACCUCUGUGGCUGGUCAAUAAGCAGCUGUUCCGUAGGAUCAAUAUCAAACUGGGCUACUGCAUCAGCAGCCAGCUGGUAGUUGCCCUGGAUUGGUGGUCUGGGACAGAAUGCACGCUCUACACAGACCCAAAGAGUUUUCAACUGUAUGGAAAAGAGAACGCAAUAGUGCUUCUCAAUCACACAUAUGAGAUUGACUUCCUGUGUGGCUGGAGCUUCUGUGACAAAUUCGGAGUUCUUGGGAGCUCAAAAGUGUUAGCCAAGAAAGAGCUGAGUUAUGUACCUGUUAUUGGCUGGAUGUGGUACUUCCUGGAGAUAGUUUUCUGCAAGAGGAAGUGGGAGGAGGACCGAAGGACGGUGGCUCAGAGUCUUCAGAACCUAAAGGAUUACCCCAAAAGUUUCUGGUUCUUGCUUUUCUGUGAAGGAACGCGCUUCACACCAAAGAAACAUGAGAUCAGCAUGCAAGUGGCUGAGAGCAAAGGUUUACCCAAACUGAAGUAUCAUCUUUUGCCGAGGACCAAAGGAUUCUGGGUAACUGUCCAAAACCUCAGAGGGACUGCUGCAGCUGUUUAUGACUCUACGCUGAACUUCAGAAACAACGACGUGCCAACCUUGCUCGGAGUUCUAAAUGGGAAGAAAUAUCAUGCAGAUUUAUAUGUGAGGAGAAUCCCUCUAGAGUUGAUCCCAGAGGACGAGGCAGAGUGUGCUGCUUGGCUCCACAAACUCUUUCAGGAAAAGGAUAGCUUUCAGGAGCACUACACACAGACAGGGCGUUUCCCCGGCCCCACAGUGAAACCUUCAAGCCGCCCCUGGGCCUUGAUCAACUGGCUUAUCUGGGCCUGCUUGCUCGUCUACCCUCUCGGCCUGCUAGUGGCCCAGCUGAUCAGCUCUGGAUCGAUGAUGACCAUCUUAGCUUCUGUGGCUCUCUGCACUGCAGUUUCACUUGGAGUUCGCUGGAUGAUUGGCCAGACUGAGAUUGAACGAGGCUCAAACUAUGGGAAUAAGGAGGUUAAUCUAAACAACAACUAAAGACUUCUGGCCUGCUUGGAGCUGCUUCUUUGCACUGCUACUCAUCUGCGAGCUGCCAGCAGCAGACUGUGUAAAUACGGGUCUGACAGCAGCGUUCCAACAAGUGCAAACCUGUUUGGAAGCACAGUGCAGACAGCGUAGUCUCGUUGUUACCGCUAUGCUGCAGAAGCUCAAGGUGUGUAAGAUCAUGACUCAUGGUCCGUGGUGAGCAGCUGCCUUUGGUACACCAAUGAUAAGAACGUGAGGCGAGAUGAACUACAGCUUUACUACAUUCACCUUAAAUCAAAGUGCAAAUUUUUAAAUACAGCCAAGACGGACAUUUGGCUGGUAACUCAAACUGGAAUUAAAAUUCAACCAAGUGUAUAGUGGACUACCUCUCUGAUUGUAAUGUAAAGCAUAAAUGGCAUUUUCAUGUUGGAAGAAAAUACACAUUUCACUUUUUAAAAAACAUACUGGUUUAUUGUUUGUUCAAAGCAAACACAGAGAGGAGCAGGGGAGCAGAAGUAGUGGUAUGACUUUGUGUUCAGUCCUCAGCAAAGGCAAAGAAAAAAUUACAACAACUGAGUGCCUGAGUAUUAAAAUAUAUGAAAAGCAGGAAUGCUCUAAAAUAGACAACAUCUGACCUUGAGUACUGCAGCAUGGUGCAUGCCUGUACUCGUGCCUGCCUCUGCAGGCUCUGAUAAAAAUGAGGUAAGAGUCACCACCUCAGUAGCAAGUCAUUUCCGUGUGGUUUUAAUAAAUAAAAAGAUCUACUGAACUGUUGCAUAACAGAAACAGCUGAUCCACAGUGCAUCUCUUUAUGACAGGAAAAACAGAGAAACAACAACUUGGGCAAUAAGCCAGUAUUUCAGUCUCCUCCCUCAAUCAUACGAGACUCAAAUCAUACUUGCACCAUCAGAAAAGAAAAAGAAAUCCUUGCAUAUCCUCACAUUUUGAUGGUGGUGUAUCGAGGAUGGAGGAUCUUCUGUACCUUAACAUGAAGCUAGAAGGAAAUGAUAGGAAAAACAGUAAUACUGUUGGGAUUUAUUAAAGGGUAACUUCAACCUGGACCCUAUUUUACCAUGUGUUUCCAUCCCAAAUGGGAAUGACAGCUUUUAAAAUUGGCCCAGUCUUAAGUGAGAGGGCUCCACAACCCACUAAACAGGAUGUUACGGCCCUCAGGGCAAUCACAUACCGUCAGUAAAUGUCAUCCACAGUGUGUUUGUUGUCACUGACAGGUUUAGCUUGUUCCUAUAAGUGUCUGUCAACAUUUGGAUAUGACUAUACAGAGAGCAACCUUUUUGUUAGGAAUAAGCCUUUUGGUUUCACUAGAAACAGUCCUGAAAUUCCUCUCACCAAACAAACAGACUCAAUUCAAAUAAACAGUAAUGUUAGCAUAUAUAGAGCCAGCAUACUGUCACAUCUGAUGAGGUGAGUUAAGGGUUUAUUUCAACCAAACAUGAGCUGGUGAUUGUUGGAACAGUGGGAAGAUGAAUCAAGAUGGCUAGAAAUUUUGUUUUGUUCCUGGGUUUUACAAUGAUUAAGUCGCUGUUUGUUUAAAUGGAAAGUCUUGUUUGUAUUUCAGCUAUUCUGACACUCACCAACUCUAGUUUGGUUGAAAAAAAACCCUUAUUUCACAGAGUUAGAUGUAAAAAUAUGCUGGCUCUAUUCACGUUCUGUUUAAAUAGAGUCUGGUGGGUUUGGUGAUGGUGAAUUCAGGGCUGUUUCUGGUUGAAUAAAAAAGGAUUUUUCUCUUCUUUUUUUUUUAAAGAAAGUCUAUCACUGUAGGGAUCCUUUCCAUGAUGUUGUCAUGAACGUAUAACAGUCUGAGCCUGUCAGUGGCAAAAACAACCACUUUUAAUUGACAUAAACUGACGGUGCAAACAUGCUCCGAGUGGUUACAUUACAGCCAGUUUAGCCACUGCUAGUUGCAGCACCUCAAUACUGGACCAGCAUACAAAAACGUGUUCCCAUUAGUCACAAAAAAUUGAAAAUAGGUUCCAGGUUUAAAUCUACCAAAUUGUAAAAACUUAAAUUAGAUACACCAGGAUCACACAAGGCCAUAUUUUUAUUUUGAGAGAUAUUGGUUGGUGGCCAUUCAUUGGAAAAAGAGGAGAGAAUAGUGAUCCCUACGGAUGCACAGUUUUCAGAAGCAGAACACAAAAACAGGUUGUUUACCUUCACGCCCACCCUGGGCCUUAAUCAAGUGGCUGUUCGGAGGCUCUCUGCUCUGCAGGUUGGUUUCAUGCAUUAAUGCCCAAGGUGAAGUACCAGAAACUGGUAUGGAGGCCCCUUCCUUCAUUAGAAUUUACAAAAACAGGUCCAUCAAGGUCAGUUCAACUGUCAGUUUUUAAUAAUCUAGGACUCUUCAAUAGAGAAUAGAGCUGAUAAAGACAACACUCAGACCAGAUUGAAAAACAAACCUCAGACACCGCAUGUGUCAUGACUGGGGUGAAGCACAGCAGAGUGACAUUAACAGUUAUUUAUAGAGGAAUACACUGUGAAUUCUUUCAGAUAUUGAUGUAAGCUAGUCUUCUGGCCUGUAUCCAAGAUUACCAGUACAAAGCGCUGAUAAACUAAUACCAUACAUAGAAAAUGCUGCUACAAUUAACAACCAGAAACUAGUCUUAAUGUAUAUAUAUAUGUAACUCCUACAAUAAUGGCAGAAACACAUGUAACUUUAAAACCAUGGAGCUUUCUGACAUGAUAGAAAAGGCACGAAAACCUUGCAAUCGACCAACUUCGACUUUCACACACUGACGUACAUUUUGACAUGAUUUGUCUAACAUGUUGCAAUAUCUUGCACUAAAUGAGAUUAGUAGGCUGCAAUACUCAGUGUGCAGAUCUCCCCAUUCUCACACCAGGUCUAAACAUUUAAAUUGUAACAAUAUAGAAGAAUAUCAGGCUGAUUCUUUGUUGUAAACUGAAGAAUAUUAAAAUUGUCUAAAUCA